UAUCUGCUUUUCCUUGCCUUUCCUUUGCCAGCAAUAUUUGUGGAUAAUGUUUUUUUAUCAAUUGAAUAUCAUGAGAUUUCGUGCACUAUGUGUCUGCACUAUUUCUUCACAUUUCUCCCUCUCUCGCUUGCAGCCACUGUGGCUAAGAGGUGCCUUUUCUCCAGGAGUGUGAUGGCGCAUAAAGUUUCAAGCUUUUGCCUCUGCUUGCACUCUGUUUAAAAACUAGAUAAUUCAAAACUUAUAAGUUGAGAAGCAAGACCAAAUGGGGGAAUCUGCUGAAAGGAAGGCUCUUUCACGAACCAAUAACAAAUUUCAAACGCCAUUAAUUAAGGAUCAUAAUUCUGAUAAGAAGAGUCAGCUGUAUUCUAAUUCAAAGUCUUCCGUUUCCCAGUGUCAAUCUCACUGCAUUUCCUGCUUGACAAAAGAUAGUUGCCGAAUUGUGCGCUCAAGGACAAAAUUAAUGAACAUUCUAAUAGAAAGAGGAAAGCCUCAGGAAGCUGAGUCCAUUUUUGAUAGUUUGAUUGAAGGGGGACACAAACCAUCUCUAAUAACUUUCACUACCCUCUUGGCUGCCCUGACCAUGCAGAAGCGUUUCAAGUCCAUUCAUUCGAUUAUAUCCCAGGUGGAAGAGAAUGGAUUGAAACCAGAUUCCAUAUUUUUUAAUGCUGUGAUCAAUGCCUUCUCUGAAUCUGGGAACAUAGAGGAAGCCAUGGAAACAUUGUGGAAGAUGAAGGAAAGUGGGCAGAAACCCACUACUAGCACUUAUAACACAUUAAUCAAAGGGUAUGGAAUUGCUGGUAAGCCUGAAGAAUCCCUGAAAGUGGUGGACCUAAUGUCCAGAGAGGAACAUGUGAAACCCAAUCUCAGGACUUUUAAUGUUCUUGUUAGAGCAUGGUGUAAGAAGAAAAACAUUGCAGAGGCAUGGAAUGUGGUGCAUAAGAUGGUAGCUUCUGGGAUGCAACCUGAUGCUGUUACUUAUAACACCAUAGCAACAGCUUAUGUUCAGAAUGGAGAAACAAAUCGAGCUGAUGAAAUGAUUGAAGAGAUGCUGAACAAUGCUGUGCAGCCCAAUGAGCGGACUUGUGGCAUCAUUAUUUGUGGAUAUUGUAAAGAAGUUAAACUAAAGGAAGCACUAAUGUUCUUGUAUAGGAUGAAGCAACAUGGAGUGCAUCCUAAUCUAGUUGUUUUUAACUCGCUAAUCAAAGCAUUUGUAGGUGUUAUGGAUCGAGAUGGGGUAGAUGAGGUUCUGGCAUUGAUGGAAGAAUUUCAGGUAAAACCAGAUGUCAUAACAUUUAGCACCAUUAUGAAUGCAUGGAGCACUGCUGGCUUCAUGAAAAAGUGCAGGGAAAUCUUUGAUGACAUGGUUAAGGCUGGCAUAGAACCUGAUGCACAUGCGUACAGCAUUCUUGCUAAAGGUUAUGUGCGAGCACAAGAACCAGAGAAAGCUGAAGAGCUUCUGACAACAAUGAUUGAAUCAGGAUUUCGUCCAAAUGUUGUAAUUUUCACUACUGUCAUCAGUGGAUGGUGUAGCUCUGGCAGAAUGGAUUGUGCCAUCAAGGGCUUUGACCAAAUGUGUGAACAUGGGGUUUCUCCAAAUCUGAAGACAUUCGAGACCCUAAUGUGGGGAUACUGUGAAGCCAAGCAACCAUGGAAAGCUGAAGAUAUUCUCCAAAUCAUGAAAGCAUAUGAGGUCCAGCCUGAGAAAUCGACCAUCUUGCUUCUCGCAGAAGCUUGGCAUUCCACUGGUUUGACAAAAGAGGCUAAUAGAGUACUAAGCACAAUAAAAAACAAGGAAAAGAUUGACCCAAUGUGUACAGAGGAAGAAAUACCAGUUGAGAGCUUAGAGAACUUGUAUCACAAACAGGCUACAACUGCCCCGUAUCCUAAUCUUUUGCAAAUACCAAAUUUAGUUACCACUGAUCAAAAAGGAUCUUCUUCACCUGUAAGAAAAGGCCGGAUGGUUAAAGACUCUGAUCUAUCGUCGGAGUGCUCAUGGCUUGCUACAACAUCCAUGUACCUUUCUCAUACUUGCAAAUCUGUGGCAAGGUUGCCAAUUAUUUGCCAAAGACAGUACCAUGGGCAGCUUGGUAUGUGUGGUCAGCUUGCACAUUCAUGUACAGCCUUCUUGAAUUGAUGGUAACACAUUCUUUUCUUUUUUGUCAACUAUAUCCAUGUUCUCCUCCUAAAGAAAAGAAAAAAAAACAAAAAAUCGCAAUUCAAUGCUGUAGAUAGUAGGAGACUUUCUCAUUACAUGAACUUCUAUUUUCUUUUAUGUGAAUAAAUGUGGUCUCCAUCUAUUUGCACAUGAUCAGUAAUACAAUUCAUACUUGUUUUUUCAUGUA